AAUAGAUGCCGUUAGAGCCGCGCGAUAUGUGGCCAGGGAAAGAAUCCAAGUGAACACGUCUUGGCUGCGUUGUAUCAGUUUAUUUGACGCAUCAUCCCAGGAAGUGGACUCAGGGGGAACUUCGAGGUAUCCCACACGCAAGCAGCACGUUCCAUUCUAUCACUUAGGUACUCGGCCCAAGUUGUCAGCAAAAUCCCACCUCCCGCGCGUGAGCCCCCAAGCGAGGAAGCAAGACAGUACUACCAACGUUCUCAACAUGGCAUCCAAGACUUACACACUCAACAACGGCGUCAAGAUCCCGGCCGUGGGCUUCGGGACCUUCGCCAACGAGGGCGCCAAGGGAGAGACGUACAAGGCAGUAACCAAGGCGCUGGAAGUCGGCUACCGGCAUCUCGACUGUGCGUGGUUCUACCAGAACGAGGACGAGGUGGGCGACGCUCUGCACGACUUCCUGAGCAAGAACCCCAGUGUCAAACGCGAGGACGUCUUCAUCUGCACCAAGGUCUGGAACCACCUGCACCGGCCUGAAGAUGUCAAGUGGAGCUUCAACAACUCGCUCGACAAGCUGAAGAUCGACUACAUCGACCUCUUCCUCGUGCACUGGCCGAUCGCGGCCGAGAAGAACGAGGACCACACGGUCAAGCUCGGCCCCGACGGCAAGUACAUCAUCAACAAGGAGUUGACCGAGAACCAAGAGCCGACCUGGCGGGCGAUGGAGGAGCUGGCCGACAGCGGCAAGGCCAAAGCCAUCGGCGUGUCCAACUGGACGGUGCCGGGGCUGCGGAAGCUGCUCGAGAUGGCUCGCAUCAAGCCGACGGUCAACCAGGUUGAGAUCCACCCGUUCCUGCCCAACACGGAGCUGGUGCAGUUCUGCCUCGACAACCAGAUCCUGCCGGCGGCGUACUCGCCGCUGGGGUCGCAGAACCAGGUGCCGUCGACGGGCGAGACGGUCCGCUCGGACCCGACGCUGAACAAGGUGGCGGAGCACAGCGGGCACAACCUCGCCCAGGUGCUGCUCGCCUGGGGUCUCCGCCGCGGCUACGUCGUGCUGCCCAAGAGCUCGACGCCCAGCCGCAUCGAGAGCAACCUCCAGAUCCCGGAGCUGACGGAUGAGGAGUUCAACGCGGUCGAGGAUGUGGCCCGCGGGAGGCACUGCCGGUUUGUAAAUAUGAAGGAUACUUUUGGCUUGGAUGUGUGGCCUGAGGAAUCGCAGUAAUGGGCGUCAGAAGGCGGGUGAGCCAGUGAGGUGAGGAUACAAAAAUCGGGAAGAAGGUUGUAUCGGCGGGUUUUGAAAAAGGAAAGGAUCUGGGAUAAGGUUACAUUGUUAGAGAAGGUCUCAAGACCGAAAAGACAUGAAGUACUGACAUCAACGAUGGCUCGGCCUUCAG